AGUGCUUAGCUAUUUUAAGCAUAUUAGAAUCAGGCAUUGAUUAGGCAACAUUCUACCAUUGGGUAGGUAAUUUUGUUAGUUGAAAUAAUAAAAGAUUAUAAAAAUACUGGAUAAGUGAUGGAUUAUUGGAUUGACUGCGCUACUUCAACGGCACGGCAACGGAGGAUGAGUUAAAAAACCGCUAAUAGUUAGCCUAGCCUACUAAUUAAUAGGUAUUAAUAUUAUAUGAAGUAAAUUAACUUUAGUCCAACUUAAGUACCUGGCAGUUCAGACUUAUUAUAUUACAGCACUGGUAGGAGUUAGAAUGAUCAAUAAAUUGAUUGUGGACCCUCAAAAUAUUAUUUAUUAUUAACUAUAGUAGAUACUUUGGUCAAAAAUGUAAACAUUUUUUAAAAAUAAAUCAAUGGCACAGUUGAAUAGAGCUAAUUUUAAACAGAAUUAUAACACCAAAAUCAUAUUUUUAGCUGUUGUAGUUUUAAAGUUAUGAAUUUUUAAAGUACGACUUGGUUUGUCAUUUUUUAACAUGGACUGCAUCUCCACAUUCUGUGACCUCAAUCCACUGAUCGCGUCAUGCGCAAUGACUAUAUAGUUUAUAUAAGGCAACGCAUUCCCUAUCACUAAAAUACUGUUUAGGGUCGACUUAUUUUAAACUUUCAACUUUGGCACAUGAAUAAUUAAUAAAAGCUUUCCCUGACCAAUGGUUUAAUAGCUUUUGCACACGGCAAACUCUUAUGAAUGAAACUCUGAGAUAGUACUACGACGUAGCCGUUAUGCAAGUGGCUGUGAAUGGUUGCCAAUGACAACGUGUUGCACAGGGAAAAUUCUGAUCAUUUAUAAUAUGGACUCUGCAGGGUUUUUAAAGCUCAAAUUAAAACAUUUCCAGUUUAAAUGUCUUCAAAAUGCAUUCUGAAACACAAAAUAUAAAAUAUUUUGAUGUAUAUAGUGGUAAUAAUUAAAUAUUUCCUAAGUAUCGGCAACUUCCGCCAUUAAAAAGGGGGCGUGGCCCACGCCAUGUCGAAAUUAGGCUGAGCCACCUUAUGGUGAUAUGGGUCACUGUGACAAGCGUAACAAACGUGAGACACGACCUACAUCAAUGAAACUUGGCACAGAUAUAGAUCAAUAUCUAAUGCUCAUACAGAUUUAAUCAAAAAGGACCUUAUCUUAUUAUUUCACAAAAAAUUUUGUAUGCGAAGAUGCCUUAUAUAUACCAAAGAUUUUCAAAAUAAAGGUCGAUUGAAAAAAGCAAAAUAGCUGGCUAGAAAUGUAGGCCAAGAUGUCUUCCAAAUUAUAAGGCCGGAAACGGAACUCAAAUAUAUGUGGAAAUAACUAAUUUAAUAAUAAAUAGACACACACAUCGGAAAAUUAAAAACUCUGAUUUUUCGGCGCCGACGCCCAUUUCCGAUACAAAAAAAUAGUAGUCUCCCUUGUUUCAUCGAAGUAUCUAACUAUAGUAUAGUCUAUACUACUAAUUAUAUUACUAUAGACACUAUAGUAUAACAACUAGAGACCAGGGGUGUCCAAACUAUGGCCCGCAAGGCGCUCACAUCUGACCCGCAGAGACCUUUUUGUCUAUGGAAAAAUUACGGAAAUUUACGUGUAUCCUGCCAAGGUCAGUGACUGCUUACGUGGACGUUAUGUUUUUACCGAAUUAAAAUAGAGGCGCUCAGUUCACAGUCAAUGAGAUGAUAUAAUGCCAUCUAGUGGCUGAGAUUUUGAAUGGUUUGCUGCUUGUUCCAAACUUUAUUAUUUUGAUUACGGUUUGCCAGUUGCGUUUGACUGCUGCGAUGAGCAGGUGUUGGUGUCAGUUAGCGUCUGAUUGCAAAAGAUGUUGCCAUUGUUGCAAUCUAUUUUAUUUAGUGAUACUUUUCUUCACAUAAUUACUUAUCCGACACAGAAUCACAAGAUUUACCAUAUUACACAGCAGUAAGAUGGCUAAGUUGUAAGAAAGUUCUGAGUAGAGUUUUUAAGUUAAGAAAGGAAAUCGGUGACUUCCUGGAAUGUAACGGAAGGCCACAGGCUUUACUGUCUGAUGAAGAGUGGGUAUGGAAAUUGGCAUUUGCUGCAGGCAUAACUAGUCAUUUAAAUUUUCAGAACCUAAAAAUAAAAGGAGAGGAAAAUCCAGUUUCUUAUCUAUACACCCACCUAAAGGCCUUCCAAUCCAACCUCAUCUUGUUUUUGGAACAAGUACAGGCCAACAACUUGACACACUUUCAGCAGUGCAAGGUCUUUAUGGCUGAAGCAACAGCGGAGUUCCCCACGUCAUUUGCAUGCGAGAUCAUCAAAGACCUCCAGCCGCAGUUACAGCAGCGAUUUUCUGACGAGACUGUUUCAAAACCCAUUUGAAGCAGAUGUGGCCAGUUGCCCAGAUGAACUGCAGCUGAAGGUCAUUGAGUUGCAAGCAAAUGACCUCCUUAGGGACAAGUUCAAAGAAAGACUGGUGGGGGUUUACCAGUUUUUGCCCAAGGAAGACUUUCCUAAUUUCAAAACUUUUGAAUCAAGGUACCUUUCAAUCUUUGGAACAACAUACCUGUGUGAACAAACAUUUUCAAGAAUGAAAUAUGUGAUGAGCAUGUUGAGAACACACUAGUCCGAUGAUAAUCUCAGGUCACUGUUGAUAUUAGGGACAUCAAAUCUAAAGCCUGAAAUUUCUGCUAUUUUGGCAUCCAGGAAACAAUUUCACCAUUCCCACUAAUACAGGUGUUCAUGUGUAGUGUAUCAAUGUGUUAUUAGAUAAUAACUGAAUAAAAUAAUAUUGAAUAAAUAAUUAAAAACAACAUCCAUGUUUUGAUUCUUUUUUAUUUGGAACUUUGAGUGUGUUAGUAGUCGGCCCCGAACUGCUGUUUGAUAGUUAAUGCAGCCCUCGGGCUGAAAAUUUUGGAGACUCCUGCUAUUGACUAUACUAUUAUGAUAGAAGAAGUGACAUUAUUCCAUAAUUAGUUACAUUGUUAUGCACGAAGCCAAUAAAUAUGAAUAUUUGUUGACUAUACAGAAUGUACAGAAUUUGGCAGUAUUCAUUCCAUGUCACCUAAUUAUAAAUGGGAACGCCUAGGUAUUUAUAUGUCUUUUCUUGCUCUAUUUUGCAAUUAUUUAUUGUGAGAUCUGCUACUGGGUGAUUCCCCUUCUGGAAAUCAACAACAAUUUAUUUCGUUUUUGAGACAUUCACCAACUGAAGAAAAUUUUCACUGCACCAACUGAUAAAGCUUGCAACUAAGUUGUGGUACAAGCUUUCCUCUUCAGAUAUAAAACCAACAAUGGUGGUAUCAGCAAAUUUAAUAAUUGGAACAGUAUUGACUGGUAGUGUUCUCCAUUUUUGCAAUUACUAGUGAUUCAGCCAAAGAAUGAAAUAAUUAUGUCAUACAGUACUUUCUUCUUCUAUAUCUUAAGGGCCCACGAUCAAUUUAUUGAUCAUUUUGGCUCCUAUGCAUGUAGAUGGGAUUUGCAAUGUUUCUGUUCCUGGUGUUGAUGAGGAAAUUUCCAGUGCCACUUUGUGAGGGAAUCAUGCACUAGGGGUUUGAAGGCUUGAGGCAAUAGACACAAAUGUGUCUAGUGUUGUUGCCUCAACCGUUCCUUUUGAAAGAUUGUUCCAGUCCCUGAUUGUCUUGGGAAGGAAUGAGCAGCUCCUUUACUGGCUUCUUGCUGGUGUGAACCUGAAUUGCCUGUGAUUGCAUCGUCGCUGUCUAUGGGGGAGAGGGACGAGUUUCUGUUUAAUACUGGAACAGUGGACCUGAAACAAACAAAAGAGAAUGUUUGCUUCAUUUGUCACUAGGACAACUGCUCUAAUAUUACUUUUGCCGUAUUUUGCAAGUUCAUUGUGAAAAUGCAAAGAAAACAAUAUGACGUCAAUGUCAUUACAAAACGUGGCUGUGUUUUUUAUGACCUUUAAAAAUAUUUAGACACCUACUCCCUCCUUUGAAUACCCCUAUGUUCCCAAGUCAACACCAUCCCCUUCCCCACUCAGUGUGAACAUAAUAUAAUUAUGGAUGAUGCCCAACCAAUCUUAUUCCUCGUUCCAUUCGCCGCCAAAUGUAGAAAGGAACUAAAACUAACAAAAGAAAUGGUAUUUUUUAUAUUUUUAUCGUAAAUAUCUACAACAAUAUAAUUUUUUCAACCCGGUCUCUAAAAAUCAUAGUCUUGACAGGUCUCGGCGUACAGUUGUAAAAAGAUUUCUCAAAAUAGUAUAUUUUUAAGCCAAAAUCGUAAGACUAACCAGGUCUAUAUUAUUUAUAUUAGUAUUCUUUUUUACCAAAAGAAACUAAAAUCAAUUCACACUAUUACUAUUAGCAUGAUGAUUUACCAAGGUAAUGUAAGUUAGAGAAUUAGAGGGUGUUCAACCAUGAAUUUUGCAGUACAAUUACAAGGUGCUGGAAACUCUGUUUUCACUUAUACACUUAGAGUUUUAAAAAAAUCAUGCUAAAACAACGCCACCCAUAAGUUAAUCGUAUGAUUUACAUCAGUGGCCUCACCUGGCACUCAUAUACACUUACACACCCCCUACUUAGUUAUAAGUGUUACACAUUGUCCAUCUCAUGCCCACAUGAUAUCUGGGCAUUCAGUUAGUUUAAGUUUGAGACUCUUUGUCUACAUUGCCAGUUGUUGUUGUUUUGUGUUGAUAGGCUGAGAAGACAAUAUCAGUCAUGUCCAUUUAUUCACUUCCAAUCAGUAAUGUUUCCUUUUUGUAAAAUAUUGAAAUUAUUGUGUUUAUUAAAUGAGCACUGUAAUCCACACAUCUGAAGACAUCUUUUGAUUCCACUAUGCCAUUAGAUUCCCUGUUUGACGCCCCCGACCAGAAUAAAGUCCCUCCUAAGCCUCCACUGACAUGAGUUAUCAGCUGUACAGAAACACCACACUUGGCCACACACUGCAAGAAAGUCUGGAUGAGCUCAUCCAGGUAGGAAUGUUAUUUAUUAUCAUUAUUAUUCAAGGGGUCUCAUACAGCACUGUACGACCCCAUGCUAGGGCUAGGCUCACAGCGCUUCACAUAAAAAUUAGUAAAAAGAAAGAAGAAAAAAAGAUACAUGGCAUUAAAAAACAGUUACUUUUCCUUUUAGUAAAGAAGAAAAAAAACAACAAACAGUAAAUUUAUUUGAUUGCUAUAUUUCUGUUAUUUAAAAUAGCCACACUUUAACGAGAGGUUGCCUUUGAAGUUGUUUGCAAGUUGAUUACAAUGAGCAUUUUAAAAACAGAUCUCAUAGAAGUACGCUACACAACAAAUAAUGAGAAGCUGAUUAAAUCAGCAAUAUGCCUAUUUGCUUAUGGCUGCAACUGUAGAUUUACAGUCACCCAUCAUUUAUCUUUUAAUGUCAGCUGGUGAAAUUGGACUUUGCUUGGGUAGUAUUUAUUUAUGACUGGUAUUAGUAGUAUUAGUGAAGAAGGAUAUAAAAAUUGAAAGAUAAAAAAAACUGGAAUAUGAUUAUGACUAUGAAUCUUUAAGAAGCUUUCAUCAUGGACCAUUAAAAUUGCUGUAUUUUGUCGUUAUUACCUUCUUAGAAAAUUUUAUAAACAAGUUAAUUCAGAAGACUCUAUUACUCUAUUGUUACAUUUUUUUCCUAUACAUGAACAUUUUUUCUAUCUGUGUGCAUGUUCAAAAAAAAUAUAUAAUCUCCUGUUGCAGAUGGGCCAGAUUUCUCCGCAGCUAGCUUUGAAAGUUUUGCUACAAUUUGACAAGGCCAUCAACACAGCUUUAGCUAAUAGAGUAAAAGCCAAAAUUUCAUUCAAGGUACCUUUUAUUUUUAGUCACGUUUAUUAAAGGUUUAGAAGAAGAAGAAACCAGAGUGGUUAAUUUAACUCAGCUAAAUGCAAUUAAAAUAUCCAUUAUGUAUGUGUAUGUUUACAUCAAUACACUAUCAAUACACUAUCAGAAUCAUUUUUUAUUGUUGUAUUUUUUUCCCAACUUAAUUGUCAUUUACGGUACUUACAAUUCAAUUUAUUCAUUUUAAAAAUUUGAUACGCUUUUUUUAAAAAAAAUGUAUUAAAAAAAAUGUGUUUCAUUAGUAUCAAAUGUUUAAAAUGAAUACAUUUUACUAUUUUAUUUAACACAAUCAUGACUCUCUCUCUCUCUCUAUUUGUGUCUCAGGGUAAACUCAACACAUAUCGUUUCUGCGACAACGUGUGGACAUUUGUGCUCAACCAGGUGGAAUUCCGCGAGGCCCCGGUCCAAGAGAUUGCCAAGGUUGACAAAGUAAAAAUUGUGGCAUGUGAUGGCAAGAGUAUGCAAACUUAAGGACUCGUGUGUUUCCGAUUGCAGUUUGUGAGAAUAACUUAUGGACUUGUGUGUUUCUGAUUGCAGUUUGUGAGAAUUCUGUGAUGAAUGGAAAGAAACCAACUAAAUUUGUGGUGUGCAGUAUGAUUGUAAAUUUGUGUUACUGGAAACUUGAAUAGGUUGUUUAAUUUUUUGUGCCAUCACUUUUCACUGUUAUGUAUGCUUGUCGUGCGUGUUGAUCAAGGGGAGGCUAGUAAGUCAUUUUUCAGAAUGAAAAUUCUGUGAGAUUUAAGAUGUUUGUUUUAAUUUACUUAGUUUGAUAAAGACAAAUUAGGAAUAUUGGAAACUCUUGAGAGGAAUUUUUUUUUAAUUGAAGUCAUUGCUCGUGCAUUUAAUUUUAUUUUUUUUUUUUUUUAAUUGAAUUAUUUUGACAUAUUUCACUAAUUUGUCCAGCUUUGCACUGGUGUUUUAUAAGGUUUAUCAUUACAGGACAAAUAGUUUUAAAAUUCCCAAUUUUUUUUUAAUUGAAGUUUUUGCUCGUGUAUUUAAUUUUAUUUUUUUUUUUUUUUAAUUGAAUUAUGUUGACAUAUUUCACUAAUAUGUCCAGCUUUGCACUGGUGAUUUAUAAGGUUUAUCAUUACAGGACAAAUAGUUUUAAAAUUCCCACAGGAUGUGCUAUUUUAAGUUUGGAUUUGUUUAAGAGCUUUCUAUUACUUUUUGCUUACGGAAAUGUCAUGUUUUAAAUUUAUGAAUUAAAAGAAUUGGUCACAAAAUGAUUAUUUUGAAAAUUGGGAAAUCAUAACUGGAGCAACUUAUGAAAAAUAAACGUGUCAUUAUUUUUCAAUUCGCUAAACAGCUAAAUGUAAUACUUCUAAAACAAUGUGUUAUACCCCAGUCAACAAGGCAAAAUAUAUUUUACAAUGGCAGAACAAUGCUUUGAUGCUAUAUUUUCCUAAUGAUUUGGAAACAGUUUUUAGGCACUAUGUUUUUCAACACUUUUGUGGCUCAGUAAAAUACAAUAUGGUAAUGGUACACAUAUCUUACUUAUUUAUUUGAUCCUUGCCCACUUAGCAUAAACGGUAUACAUUCUUCAAGGAUGUAACACAGAACAGAUUUGUUCUAAUCUUUUGGGAGGAAAUGAUUGUGGCUGGCAUAGUGAAGAAAAGAUUGUGGUUAGACUGUGAAGAAAUUAUUGUGGCUGCUACAUCUGGAAACAAAUUAUUGUAACUGAGGAGAAGUGAUUGGUUGAGGCUGUGAAUGUGAAGAAAUGAUUGUGGCUGGGACAGUGAACGAUUAUAUUAAAAAAAAAUUAAGGUUUUGAUUUUAGAAUCACUUGAUAACCUUUCAAAUCUCAUAUCAACUUUUUAAAAUUGUGAUUCUCAUUCACAUAUUGUUUAAACAUGUCUCAAAACUGUCAAAGUUUUACUAUAUGAGGAAUGUAGUAAAAUUAUCAUUACAAUUUGUAAUUGAAGCAAUCAAGUUUUGUUUUAGUUUUCUGUUGUCAUAUUCUUGUUGUGGUAGAGUUUGACAAUGUUAAGAUCCCCAUCAAGUUUUAACACUAGACUUGAUGUUGUUUGUUGAUGUUAUUUGUUCAUGCUAGUUAUGUUCAUCAUAGCAUGUAAGUUAGAAAAAAAAACAUUUGGUCAAGAGUUCAUUCGAUUUAAUUUUUUUAACAAAAAAAGACAAAUCAAAUUGCCCUGGGUCAUAUUUUUAAAUCCAGAAAUUUUGGUUACCGGAAAUUAGCUUAAAAGAAAUUUCGUCGAUGGAAAAUUUAUCGACAAAAGUUUAAUCGAACGUAAGUUGGGUCGAAUUUUUUUUUUUCAGUUCACACGAUCAAAUUUUCGUCAAAUUUCUUUUAGAAUGCACUAUACUAUAUUGUAAAACAAAAUAAUGUGUUCAAAAAGAAAUUUGGUGCAAAAUUAG